AAUAAAGUAAUGUUCAAGAACAACUUCUAUUCAUAUGUUGGUGGCACAAGAUCAGACAUUGCAAUGAGCAUUGAAUCAUACUAUGAAGUGAUGGAAGUCCUUUUGGAUUAAUAUUUAAGUAGAGAAAUGUUGUUCAAUUUCAAAAACUGCAGUCAAGUAUUGAAUGAUAUCGUUGUUUCUGCACCUUUGGCCUUUUUGCCAUUCUCCCUUAUAGGAACACAAUGGUUGUUUGCAGGAGCCAAUAGAAAAGGAGCCAAUAAGGCUUAUGGGCCAAUCCUUGCAUCUGUUCAUAUGUUGGUGUUAUGGAAGGCUUAUACUUCUCCAAUUCCGAAUAAAUUGUUUACUAAGAUCAUUGCAGAUCCAACUGUUGAUGGUUAGUACAUUAGAACAUAAUUAUCUGUGAUGAAACCUGGAUUGUGGUAAGUGUUAAGCAGAGAGUUGUAUCACAAGGGAUACAGAUACCCAGAGAUGUUGGAAUUCAAGACUGCUACUGAAUUCCCAACAGGGUUUGUAAAACCAUAUUGAUGGGUACAUAAUAUAUAAAAUAUAUCCAAUAAUUUAAUACAAUUUAUUUUAUUAAUAUAAAA